AUGAUGAGAGAGCAAAGAGUGGAUUCGUUCUACGCCAAGCUUCGUGAAUCAGCAAUUUCAUCUUCCUCCUCUCCCGUUCUUAUUUUCCCUUCAACCUCUGACGUUGACUCUCUCUGCGCCCUCAAAAUCAUCUUCCACAUCCUCGAAUCCGAUUCCAUUCAAUACGCCUGCUAUCCCGUGUCGUCUUUCCACGAGAUCCACAAGUACACUUCCUCCGCCUCAAACGACGAACCCCUCUCCAUCGUUUUGAUUAAUUGGGGUAACCACAGGGACCUUUGCAAAACCCUCAACCUCGGACCCAGAACCCGCGUCUUCGUCGUCGAUAGCCACCGCCCCAUUCACCUCCGCAACCUCAGCGACCAAAACGACACCGUCGUUAUCCUUUUCACCAACGACGACGAGCAACAAGCCGAUCUCGCCUACGACUUUGACCUCACCACCCUCGCCAACGCCGCCACCACCGCUACCGACUCUGAAUCCGAAUCCGAACCGGAAUCGGACUCCGAUUCUGAAUCCGAUUACGAUGACGGCAACAUGGAUGGAUCGAGAAAGAGAAGAAAGAAAAACGAGAAAGGAGAAGAAGAAGAUCCGGUUAAACUAUACCGCAAACUAAAGAAAGACUAUUACCGAUUGGGAACCUUCCAUGGAAAGCCCUCGGGGUGUUUGAUGUAUGAACUGGCACAUUUUCUCAGGAAGAACACCAACGAGUUGCUCUGGCUAGCUUGCGUUUCACUAACAGAUCAAUUCGUGCACGAGAGGUUAAGCGACGAGAGGUACCAAGACGGAGUAAUGGAGCUGGAGCAGCACAUAAACAGUUCGGGUAAUUUGGAUGCGGUUACUUCGGUAACCCUAAAAGACGGUACCAAAAUCCGUGCUCCAAAUUCGUCGCGAAUCGCCUACGAGGAUCAACCUAGGCUCAUGCUAUUGCAGGAGUGGAACCUUUUCGAUUCCAUGCUGUGCUCUUCGUACAUUGCCACCAAGCUGAAGACGUGGAGCGAGAAUGGGAUGAAAAAGCUCAAGCUUCUGCUGGCGAGGAUGGGGUUUGCUCUUGCGGAUUGCCAGCAAAAGUUUCAGUACAUGAAUGUGGAGGUAAAGCGCAAGAUGAAGCACGAGUUCGAGAGGUUUUUGCCUGAGUAUGGACUCACUGAUUUUUAUUACAGAAGUUUCUUGAGGAUUCAUGGAUAUUGUUCCAAGGUUUCUGCUGCAGAUGUGGUGUAUGGUGUAACUGCAUUGCUUGAGUCUUUCGUGAAAUCGGAUGGUUCUUGUGCUUCUAAGCAGUUUGGGGUGGCUUAUGAUUCACUCUCUUUGAAUAAUGUUGAGAAGCUGAAAACCGGGAUGCAACAUGCUAUUAGGAUUCAGAGGGCCAUUUUGAGGCAAGGGAGUAGUGCAAUUACUAAGAAUGGGAGUAUAAGGAGUGGGAGGAAGUUCCGGUGGGUGAAGCUUGAGGAUUCCAGUGAUGCUAAGUUGUUAGGGUACCCUCAGGCAUUGACAAAGUUUUGUUAUUUUCUUAUGGAUGCUUUGAGAGAGAAGGGGGCGAGGAUGAAGCCUCUACUUUGUGCUUGCUUGUCUCAGGAGCCUGGUAAGGUGCUGAUUGUGGGGGUUUGUGGGAGGCCGCGUUUGGCUGGGGCACAGGGGAAUGCAUUCGGGAUUGCGUUUAGGACUGCUGCUGAGGAGAUUGGAGCUGAGUUCUUCCAUGAGUUGUUUGAAUCGUCGUGGAUUGUUCUGGAUGCUUCUGCAGUGAAUUCCUUCAUGGUCAGGUUGACUGAGAAGCUGUGA